CCAUUCGGCCAGCGGUGGGCGGUUGCCACAGCUGGUUUAGGGCCCGGACCAUUGGGGCCCCUUGUCAGGAGGAGGCAGCCUUCGGGCUGGGGAGUAGUCGCUGCCACCUCGGGCGGCCGACGCGGUCCCCUGGGAUAGUGCACUUCCUGGCCUCGUUUCCCCGCUGAGUUCGCUCUCCGGGGUUCAGGCCCAGCUCUCCUCCUUCCUGGUCUCUCUGCUCCCGCUGGGCUGGUUUAUUAGGAGGAGAUUGUUUUCCAGGGCUGGAAAUUGGACUUUUGAUGAUGUUUGACCCGGCGGCAACAAUAGCAGGCAACGUGAUUUCAAAGCUGGGCUCAACUUCUGUUUCUUCCCGCUUGUAAUCAUAAAGCCCAUUUUGGACCAGGAAUUCCAAUCAUGUCUGUGAUGGUGGUGAGAAAGAAGGUGACACGGAAAUGGGAGAAACUCCCAGGCAGGAACACCUUCUGCUGUGAUGGCCGAGUCAUGAUGGCCCGGCAAAAGGGCAUCUUCUACUUGACCCUCUUCCUCAUCCUGGGGACGUGUACGCUCUUCUUCGCUUUCGAGUGCCGCUACCUGGCUGUCCAGCUGUCUCCUGCCAUCCCUGUGUUUGCUGCCAUGCUCUUCCUUUUCUCCAUGGCUACACUGUUGAGGACCAGCUUCAGUGACCCUGGAGUGAUCCCUCGGGCCCUACCAGAUGAAGCAGCUUUCAUAGAAAUGGAGAUAGAAGCUACCAAUGGUGCGGUCCCCCAAGGCCAGCGACCACCCCCUCGCAUCAAGAAUUUCCAGAUAAACAACCAGAUCGUGAAGCUGAAGUACUGUUACACAUGCAAGAUCUUCCGGCCUCCCCGGGCCUCUCACUGCAGCAUCUGUGACAACUGCGUGGAGCGCUUCGACCAUCACUGCCCCUGGGUGGGUAAUUGUGUUGGAAAGAGGAACUACCGCUACUUCUACCUCUUCAUCCUUUCUCUCUCCCUCCUCACCAUCUACGUCUUCGCCUUCAACAUCGUCUAUGUGGCCCUCAAAUCCUUGAAAAUUGGCUUCCUGGAGACAUUGAAAGAAACUCCUGGAACUGUUCUAGAAGUACUCAUUUGCUUCUUCACACUCUGGUCCGUCGUGGGACUGACUGGAUUCCACACUUUCCUUGUGGCUCUCAACCAGACAACCAAUGAAGAUAUCAAAGGCUCAUGGACAGGGAAGAAUCGUGUUCAGAAUCCCUAUAGCCAUGGCAACAUUGUGAAGAACUGCUGUGAAGUGUUGUGUGGCCCCUUGCCCCCCAGCGUGCUGGAUCGAAGGGGUAUUUUGCCACUGGAGGAAAGUGGAAGUCGGCCUCCCAGUACUCAAGAGGCUAGCACCAGCCUCUUGCCUCAGAGCCCGGCCCCGACAGAACAUCUGAGCGCGAACGAGAUGCCGGAGGAUACCAGCACUCCUGAAGAGAUGCCGCCCCCAGAGCCCCCAGAGCCCCCGCAGGAGGUGACCGAAGCUGAGAAGUAGCCCGCCUGUGGAAGAGACUUUUGUUGUGUUCAAUUAGGGCUGUGAGAGAUUUAAGGGGAGAAGAUAAACCCGAGACAAAGAGCAAGUAAGCUGUCCCUGUUACUGUUUUUCCUUUGGUCUUUAUUCACCCAGUUGUAAACUGGCAUUUUCUUGCUGCAAACUUUUUUUAAUUUCUGGACUCCAAGCAGUCACAGAAGAUGUCGGUCACCUCUGGUAACUGGACAAACGGGUCCCUUGGACCCUGGCCCUAGUUUUCCAUGGCCUCAGCCACGGAGCCUCCUCACACUCCCCUCUCUCCCCUCCAGAUCCCAGCUCUCCUGCCUGGGGUCACUGGCCCGAUUCUGGGGUUAAAGGUUCUUGAGACUGGCUCAGGUCCUCUCAAGCUGCUGCACACCGUGAAUCCAGAGGCAGUCACAGAGAGCUCUGGCCGGGGAAUUGGAACUGGAUUCUGGAGGCCUUCAGAGUAGAGGAGGAUGGACAGUGGAGGGAGGGCUCUCCUGGCUACUAAGUGCCAACAUUGCCAGCACAUCCUUUCAGGAAUGGGGCAGAUAGCUCCCACUCGUAUUACUCAUGUAGCUUCUCCUGUGUCACCUGUCCACUCUCUAACACCCGAGCCCACUCUUUUCCAGUGAGAUGUAUGUAAGUAGUUGCAGUAUAGAUAACAAUUGCCAUUUCUCGUAGACUACCCAGAAACUUCCUAAUAUCCGUGCCAUUCUCAGCAAGAACUUAGGAGAUGCCAGCGGCAUGGCUCCUCGCACUCCCUGUCUCAUCUCUCCUCCUCUCUCAUUAGCCCCUUUUCAUUUGUUUCCCUUCUGACUCUUGCUCCCAUCAGGAGCAGGAACGGCAGUAAUAAGAGUCUGCACUUCAGUGGUUCCUUUUCCUCAGAGGAAGCCCAAGUGCUCGCUGAAACACUACCCCCUCAGACUCCCUGUGUGCGGCCCGCCGAGGCCCUGUAUGCACAAAUGGGGAAACCAAGGCACAGAGAGGCUCUCCUCUCCUCUCCUCUUCCCCUUAUGUCCCCUCAAAAAGGAAAAAAAAAGGAAAAAAGAAAAAAAAAAAAAAAGAAUAACCAGUACUUCCAUUAGGCCUCGGCUGCACAAGGCGGGAAAGGCCCGCACUGCUGCCCUCCCGGGUGACCCACUCCAAGGCUUUGGCCCACCUCGGGCUUGGUAACCACACCCGGGGCUUCCUCCGGGCCCCGCUCUUCCAGCACUUCCACCGGCAGAGUCCCAGAGCCGCUUGCCCCUGGGGGUGGGCUGCGGCCCCCAGCCAGCUCUGCUCAGGACCUGCUCUAUUUCAGGGAAGAAGAUUUAUGUAUUAUAUGUGGCUAUAUUUCCUAGAGCACCUGUGUUUUUCUCUAAGCCAGGGUCCUGUCUGGAUGACUUAUGGGGCGGGAGGGAGUGUAAACCAGAACUUUUAAUCUAUUGGAAGGUGAUUAAACUGUGUCUAAUGCAAACUGCCUGCCUCCUCCUUCCCCCCCUUCCAUUUCAAGAACCACCGCGGGGCGUGAAUGUCUUUGUGGGGGGUGGGGGGGUGGGGGGGUUGAAGGGGUUGCUUGUUACUACCCAUAUUUCCAUGUUCCGGGGGACGCUUGGGCUGGAGAGCUCCCAAACUCUCCAUCCAUCUAUAGGACAUCCUGGGUUGAGGUUUACCUUCUCCUGGACCAGGACAAAAGGGCUCUCAAGGCCAUGUACAGUGUGAGCAAGAUUGGGAGGGCAGGGGGUUAUAUUAAAUGAAGGGAACGAGUUCUUUAUGAGGGUAUGGUUUUUAUGCAGAUGGAUGCUGUUAAUUGCAAGUGAAUCUCGGUUAUUAAAGCAGGCUCAUCAGGGCCUCCCCUUGGACAUAUUUUGUUAGUGAUCUUUUAUAAGUGAUGGUAUAUAUUUCUUUUUAAAUGGUCUGUAAUCAAGAUUUCUUACCAAUUUCUGUCUCCCUCUUCCCAGUUAAUGAGAAGUAAUGAAAUUUGGCUGCUCCCAGAUUUGUCUCUCCACCUCCCUAUUUUCCUUGGAGCAGGAUUCGAGUGUAGCAAUCCUAAGAGGGACAGCGGGAGACUGGCACUCUGAUGAGAUUCCUCUCCUCUCUGCCUCUACUUUCCCAUUCUUUGUCUGGCUCUCUCAGUGUUGUCGUUGUGCUUAAGUUUUAGUUAGUUCAGAAUAAGGCCAAGCCAGAGAGUUGAGAAGAUAGUAGAUUUUUCCAAUUAACCUGCCACUCAGAUGAACCCCUUUUCAGCCAGUUCUCAGCCCAUCUCCUCUCCCCUCUGCCAGAUCACUAGAGCCGCUCUUCUGGUGACCCUUGGGUCAGUUAGAGAAGCUUUCUUUUUCCGAAGUGAAGAGUCAAAAUGGAAACCCCUGAUCACGGGUGUGAGAAGAUUGUUUUCUUUUUAAGUUUCUGCUUUUUCCGACUCUCUGCCCUUGUUCUUUUCCUUUCUAAAUCUUCUGCAUUUAAGACCUUGGCCUGAAGAUCUGUCCCAUUCAUACCAGCUGGGACUGUUCCUAGUCUGAGUUCUGCUCAGAGGGGAGAUUGAAGAAUGGCUCCUUCCCUGGGGAAUAGGCCUUAAAUUGUUCCCUCUUUCAAUGGCUGACCUCUUGCCACCUCUCCCCUUCCUCGCCAGUCCUUAGGUUUCCUAUGCACCCCACUUCCCCAGGCCAGGUUGGUUGGCAGGAAUCCAAAACCUCUGGGGAUUGGUGGAAUUUGGCUCUUCAGGGCCUGUUUUGUUUUCUUUUGUUUUGUUUGGCCGCAUGCCACGGAGGCGUGCAGAAGUUCCUCAGCCAGGGAUCAGGGAUCGAACCCAAGCCACAGCAGUGACAACACUGGAUCCCUAACUGCUAAGCCACCAGGGAACUCCUUUGGGGCCUUUUUUUUCCCAUGUCCACUUGGCCCUGGGGCCCUCCUUGCCCCAGUAGAGAGAGCACCUUCUCCCUCUUUGCUUUUUUCCCUAGCGGCAGCGGUGAGUUCUAAUUCUGUAACAGCUCAACUCCAUUCUUCCUGCCCUGACUUGUCCGCCUUUACACCUAAGGCCUCUUUUCCUACUCACCAAAUCUCUUUACCUUGUUGGGGGACAAAGAAGUAUUUUGUUUUUAAAUCUAUUUUCUAACUUAAAUGCAAUUUAAUAUGUAAAUCUCUGCACUUUUGUGUGAGUCUGCAAAUGUGUAUGUUCGGUGGGUUUUCACUCUCUGGUGUUUUGUAAUAAAGAAAUCCUUCUUUUUGGGGGGGAAGCCAAUUAAUGAAGUAGACUUGAAUGGUUUUAGAAAUACAGGGAUGUCUGUUUCUUUGUGCUUCUGCCUCAUUUCUUUACUUGUGCCUAGUGUGAAUGACCGGACCCCUCCUCCACCUCUUGACCCCCUUCCUUUGAGAGGGUUCUCAGCCUAUUGGGGCAGAGAGAGGGACCCUACUGUGUCUGGUACCUCUCUGGGACCACUUGGAUUGGCUCAACUGGUAACCUAGCAACCUAGCCCUCCUCCCUCUCCUGGUGGCCUGGCCCUGUUAGUCCUUUUCUUCCAGCUCGGUUCAUUUUAUCCCCCUGAGGCUGGGGCCAGGCUAGGGGAAAAUCACCAAGGGAUCAUAGUAAAUGGUCUUAAACAAGUGAUAAUUUGCUCUUGUGCCUUCGUGUUGCUAAAGAAGACCGGUGCUUCCAAUAAUUCAAAAAGCCUUAAGAAUACAUUCUAGUAAUUGCUUGCUGUCUUAGGCAGUGGGUUCUGGAAAUAGUAUCGAAGGCUAAAACUGAGACUAUCAUUAGUUUUAAAGGAAGCAAACCCAACUCACAAAGAAGGGAGGAGUCAUUGUGUUUUUCAUGUUUGGGAUAAAUAUGAAAGAGGAAUUGGAAGUAGAAAUCUGCUUCUGUAAACAAUCAAAUGCCCUGUAGGACAUCAGUGUAGGUAGAAAAAUGUAGCAUGAUUAUCCGGGUCAAAUUAUUAUCCAAAUAAACUCAAAACGUACUUUUAUAGUUUAAAUAUCGGACACUGAAUUUCCAGUUAUGCAGUAAUUGUGUAAACUGAGGGAAGAUGGUACUUCAGAACUUUACCAAUAGUUGUGACUUUUAAAAAUCAUGUCACCAGGAGUCCCUGUUGUGGUGCAGUGGAAGCAAAUCUGACCAGUAUCCAUGAGGUUAUGGGUUCCAUCCCUGGCCUCGAUCAGUGGGUAGGGGAUCUCAGGUGUUGCCCUGAGCUGCAGUGUAGGCUGCGGACAUGGCUCGGAUCCCACGUUGCUGUGGCUGUGGUGUAGACCAGCAGCUGUAGCUCCGAUUCGACCCCUAGCCUGGGAGCGUCCAUAUGGCACAGGUGCGGCCCUAAAAGCAAUCCCAUUCAUGGAUUUUUUUUUUUUUUUUUUGGUCAUUUUAGGGCUGCACCCUCAGCAUAUCAAAGUUCCCAGGUUAGGGAUCGAACUGGAGCUGCAGCUGCUGGCCUACACCACAGCCACGGCAAUUCAGAGUCCGAGCCAUGUCUGCAACCUACACCACAGCUCAUGGCAAUGCCUGAUCCUUUAACUCACCGAGUGAGGCCAGGGAUCGAACCCGAAUCCUCAGGGAUACUAGUUGGAUUCUUAACCUGCUGAGCCACAGUGGGAACUCCCCAUUCAUGGAUUUUUAAGUUACCAAUACAAUGUACCUGUCUUAGUCGUCCUUUGUAGUUGUUGCAUUCACAAUGAAUCUGCAUAUACAAGUGGAAGCAUCUGAUUGUUAGAUCUUUUAGUAUGAUCUUGCACAGGCAUUACGUACUGGAAUAUAUAUUAUCUUGUUUUGGUUUGGGGGGUUUUUGGCCAUGCCUGCAGCAUAUAGAUGUUUCCAGGCCAGGGAUCAAACCCGUGCCACAGCGGUAACAAUGCCAGAUCCUUAACCUGCUCAGCCACCAAGGAACUCCUGAAAUAUAUAUUAUCUUAUUAGAAACUCAUUUUUAUUUUUCCUUUCUACUAUAGUUAGUGUAUUAUAUUGCUAUUCUGGAAAUUAUAUCUAUAUUAACUAUGAAAUUCAUUUCAAGGUAGCAAAGGGUACAUUACAAGGUAUUGUAUACACUAAGAGAGGGGUGGGGCUGAUAGGGUUGAGAAUUGUUGGACUAGAUUAUCUCAAAGGUUCCUUUCUACCCUCUAAAUAUUUAGAAAACUCAGAAAAUCAACAAACAUCCCCCCAUUCCCCUACACUGUUAAUGUGCUGUUUAAAUUUUGAAAGUAGGAGUUCCUGUCGUGGCGCAGUAGCAGAAACAAAUCCGACUAGGAACCAUGAGGUUGCAGGUUCGAUCUCCAGCCUAGCUCAGCGGGUUAAGGAUCCAGUGUUGCUGUGAGCUGUCGUGUACGUUGCAGACGUGGCUUGGAUCUUGUGUUGCUGUAGGUCUGGGGUAGGCUGGCAGCAACAGCUCUGAUUAGACUCCUAGUCUGGGAAUCUCCAUAUUCCAUGGGUGCGGCCCUAAAAGGACAAAAGACCAAAAAUAAAUAAAUAAAUUCUGAAAGUAACAAAUUUAAAAGUAACACAUUUGGGAGUUUCCGGGUGCCCUAGUGGUUGGGGAUUUGGCAUUGUCACGGCUGGGAACUUCUGUGUGCCGCAGGUGCGGCCAAAAAAAAAAAAAAAAAAA